GAGGGCACCGCUUCUGCCCGGCUCUAAUGGCGACGGAUCGGCGGCAUCCUCCCGGACCCCCCCCCUGCCCGCCCCGAGAAAGUAUCCAAAUUGAUUGAUGGGACAAGUGAAUUGAAGAGAAGCACUUCUGCAAGGCAAUACUAACUUCAUCCUCAGAUUGUUUUGAUUCUUCCUGCUUGCUGUAAAGGAAUCCAGCUAGAAAACAUUGGGAUUGGACCAGAUAACAUUCUUCUAGAAAAUCCCUGCCUGCAAGUUGGAGCUGAAGAACCAGGCAGUGUAAUUGCCCAUUUUUAAGAGGAGAUGAGAGAAUAUGAAGUUAUCCACAGGCUUCUUAUUCUUAUUUCAUGCUAAAACACAAAAUGCUUAUUUGAUGGAAGGAGAAUACUGUCAUUAAUUGACCGCCCAACAUGAUAGAAGCAAUCUCCUUCAAUCAAGAAACCAACAAAAGUAUUUCACUAUGGAUAUAGAUGAUGAAGAAAAUAUGAGUUCCAGCAGCAUCGACGUUAAGGAAAACCGCAACUCAGACAACGUCCCUCCCAAGGAGAGCACCGUGCAAAACCCCGGGGAGGGAACCCAACUCUCGAACGGUGCUGGAAGCGGCAGCAGGAAACGCCCCUUGGAGGAGGGCAACAAUGGGCACUCCAAGUACCGUAUCAAAAAGAGGAAGAAAACCCCGGGGCCCGUUUUACCCAAAAAUGCCCUCAUGCAGCUGAAUGAGAUUAAGCCCGGUUUGCAGUACAAGCUUCUGUCCCAAACAGGCCCAGUCCACGCUCCGAUGUUCAUAAUGGCUGUCGAAGUUAAUGGGCAGGCCUUUGAGGGCACUGGCCCCACAAAGAAGAAGGCAAAGCUUCACGCAGCCGAAAAGGCCCUGCGGUCUUUUGUUCAGUUUCCCAACGCAUCUGAGGCGCAUCUAGCCAUGGGGAGAACCCUUUCCGUAAACACGGACUUUACGUCUGAUCAGGCAGACUUCCCCGAUACGCUUUUCAAUGGAUUCGAAACUCCCAACCAGGCAGACAGUUCCUUUUAUUUGGGUUCGAAUGGAGAUGGUUCUUUUAGCUCCAGUGGGGACUAUCAUCUAUCCUCAGCCACCGUAGCUAGUAGUCUAAUGCAGUCGCCUCUUCCCAUCCCUUCACCCUACCCUUCCUCCGGCGGGAAAAACCCCGUCAUGAUCUUGAAUGAGCUGCGGCCUGGGCUGAAGUAUGAAUUUCUCUCCGAAAGCGGGGAGAGCCACGCCAAGAACUUUGUAAUGUCCGUGGCUGUGGACGGUCAGAACUUUGAAGGCUCAGGAAGGAACAAAAAGCUCGCCAAAGCUCGGGCUGCUCAGUCAGCCCUGGCGUCACUUUUCAACAUGCAUUUGGAUCAGACCCCAUCUCGCCAGCCGAUUCCCAGUGAGGGACUCCAGUUGCAUUUACCACAGGUUCUAGCAGAUGCUGUUGCACGCUUGGUCAUAGAUAAAUUCAGUGAUCUGACUGAUAAUUUUACAUCCCCCCAUGCUCGUAGAAAAGUUCUUGCUGGAAUUGUCAUGACAACAGGUACAAGUGUUAAAGAUGCCCAGGUAAUAAGCGUUUCUACAGGAACGAAAUGCAUUAAUGGAGAAUACAUGAGUGACCGUGGCCUUGCGUUAAAUGACUGCCAUGCAGAAAUAAUAUCUCGUAGAUCCUUGCUUAGAUAUCUCUACACACAGCUUGAUCUCUUCUUAAGUAAUAGAGAUGACCAACAAAAAUCUAUUUUCACGAAAUCAGAAAAAAUUGGGUUUAAACUGAAAGGCAAUGUCCAGUUUCAUCUAUACAUUAGUACCUCUCCAUGUGGAGAUGCCCGGAUUUUCUCUCCACACGAAGCAAUACAAGAGGAUCAGGGCGACAGACAUCCGAAUCGAAAAGCAAGAGGACAGCUUCGUACAAAAAUAGAAUCUGGUGAAGGGACGAUUCCAGUCAGAUCCACUGCAACCAUCCAGACGUGGGACGGCGUUUUACAGGGAGAAAGACUACUCACUAUGUCAUGCAGUGACAAGAUAGCUAGGUGGAAUGUGUUGGGUAUCCAAGGCUCCUUACUUAGCCUUUUUGUGGAACCAAUUUACUUCUCUAGUAUCAUCUUGGGGAGUUUAUAUCAUGGGGACCACCUUUCCAGAGCUGUAUACCAGCGGAUAUCAGAGAUAGAAGAUCUACCACCUCUCUAUACCCUCAACAGACCUUUACUUAGUGGCAUCAGCAAUGCAGAAGCCCGACAGCCAGGCAAAGCGCCGAAUUUCAGCGUGAACUGGACAGUAGGAGACACCAGCCUCGAAGUGAUUAAUGCCACAACUGGUAAAGAUGAAAUGGGUCGCGCCUCUCGCCUUUGUAAGCAUGCUUUGUAUAGUCGUUGGAUGCGCAUUCACGCCAAGCUUUCCUCCAGCCUGCGUUCAAAGAUAAGCAAACCCAAUAUGUACCACGAAUCCAAACAGGUAGCCACAGAAUACCAAUCUGCCAAAGAGUGUUUAUUCAAAGCAUUCCUGAAGGCCGGACUCGGAGCCUGGGUGGAAAAACCAAUUGAACAGGAUCAGUUUUCUCUCACAGGCUAAAUGUUGACUGCACAUCACAACUUUGGAAAAGGGGGUUGUUCUGGAAAUCUUGGUGUCUGGCAUCAUCAUCAUCACCUGGCAUCUCCGCAUCGUACAAAACAUUCUUUUAUUUAUCCACUUUGGAAGAUUUUUCAAGAUUCGAAAAUCAAAUGUUGGGUUGAAAUCUGAAGUUUUCAUUCGUUUAACAGAUUCUCAUUACAUGUAUUACUCUAGAAACACCAUCUACUGUAUGAAGAUUUACAGUAGAGACUAGAUGUUUAUUUUUAGUCUGAUUUGUUCUAGGUAGAAACCAUCCCCUUCCUGCCCCUCCUCCACUCGUUCCCCCCUCCUCCCUAUAUAAUGCAAUAUAGGCAAAUGCACUAAAAUGUAAAUAAUUGCAUUAGAUUUUACACAGCAUUUUUAGGAUGUAGUUUGAAGUUUUUCUAGAAUGAAGCUACAAAAUUCAUUUCUGCUUGUUGGUUAGCUUUAUCGUGGAGUUCAGAGGAUCAUAGUGAAUAGAUUACAAAGCCAGAAUGGAGUUUGGACAGCUAAGCUUCCCCUACCUCCUGGUCCUUAAAAACCAGCUGCUGAAAAUUCCAUAUCUUUGAUGUAUGUAUUUAUUAGUCUGUGAUCAGUUUUUAACAUGCAGCUCUUUAUUCUGGUUUUCAAUACUUGUCUACACACAUUGUGAAGUCCUUUUUUUUAAGCCAUUGUCAACUGGAAAAAAAAUAAGUAUUUGUAAGUUAAGCAUAUAAAUCUGUAAUGUACAAAAAUCUGUUUAGUAUUAGCUGAUUUAUCUCUCCCAGGAGUUCAGAAUACAAUCAUAGCAUUUCCAUCUAUGCCUCUUUUAGUAUUGGGAAAAUUAAAAACAGCGUACUCACAGUAGAAUGGUUUUCAGUCCUCUUUAAAUAAACACCAAGAUCCACCUGAGGAUCAGAGUAUUAUUAAACUGCUUUCUUGGGAACUUCAUAGGACAAACUAUUUUGGAUUAGACUGUUGUGACACAUUUAGGUCACACUAAUCACGAGUAUGUGAUUGUUGAUAAGUAAAGAAUGCGGGGAUAAACGACUUGAGAUCUAGCUGUGUUUGCUCUGGUAAAUACUGAAAAGGAUGUCUUUUAUUUAUUAUGGAAACUAUUUUAUAAGCAUGUUCACAUAGAGCAAACACAGAAUUGAAAUGCAGCAGGGAAAAUAUAACUCAGUCUAUGAAAUUUGCUUCGUAGCAGGUAACUUGAAACUGAAUUGAAGUCCCAAAGGACUGGUGCAAUUUGUACCAAACAUAGUACCAAACAUAAAUUCCAAAAAGAAUGUAAAGCAUAGCUAAAUCAAGGACAUAACUCACAAAUCCAUUGCAUUACCUAUACAACAUGCUGCCAAAAUAUUGUUAAUUUUUUUUAUAAGUAUUUAGUUUGUGAUAGCAGUAACUACCUCAGCACAGAACAUUUCUAUGGGAUUAACAGCUCGCUGGAAUUAAGGGUAAGAGGUGAAGAAAACUUUUCUGGCCAGAAGUAACUUUCAGGAAAUGCACUGUGUCAUGAUCAUCUUGCUCAGUUACCGGCCUUCCAAAACAAAGCCAAUUGGAUUUCAAAAUAGGGGGAAAAAAUAAGAAGCGUUAGCAAUUUUGGACGUAAUUUGUUUAAAUCCCUAGGACAUAUACCGAAUAUGAAAAAUGCUACUGUUAGUUCAAAUAAUGUAUGUGUGCUAUUGUCAAAUAUGUUUUUAUUUACCUUAUUUCCCUAAAUGUUACAUAUUUUCUUCAAUUUAGAGCAAAUUGAAAAUAUUUCAUCUGGCGUAAGUGCUAGAAUUGUGCUGGUGAACAGUGUAUUUGUUCUGUUCAUAAAGGGAAACUAUUCCCUUGGACAAAUGGAAGCGUCUAUUUUCUCGAAUUAUUUUUUGAGAUUCAUAGGAAAAGACUUUCAGAGAUUAUGCUCUAUUGAGUAAAUCUUUUUUUGAGUUCAGGGAAUGAGAAGACAGGAAUGAUUUUGCCUGAGUCUCUUGAACAAGUAAUAUGUUCAAAAAUAGGGUGUGUUUUAAAUGAAUGAUUAUUUUAGGCUGUUCUGUGCGAGAUUUUUAUUUUCUUUUUUCAGAGGAAGUAUCGAGAGAGAGAGAGUGUGUGCGUGUGUAUGUGUGUAUAAGUAAAAUGUAAGUUGCUUUUCCAGAAUUGUGUGCAAACUUGGGUACUUUUGCUUCCGUAAAUACUUGGACGCUUGCUAUGAUGUGAGUCUGUUCAGUAGUGUAUAAAAAUUAUAUUCGCUGCUUUGUCCCUUUUCUUAGCCAGGUUCUGUCAGUUAUGUUUUGCCAGGUAAAGAGCUGUUUCAGAGAUUCUGCUGUCUCUGACAUCUUUUUCUUUGCAGGUUAGUGUUAUAUGUCAUGUAUAACUUUUAGCCAAUUUAAUUCUGAACAAUCAAAGAUAAAAAUAUCCCCGUCAGCAACUUUUGAGGAUAUGGACUGCCCUUCCUUUUUCCAUCAGACAGUUAGCUGGCCAUCCAAAGGGGUGUUAUUGAAUCCCUGUGGAUUUGGGCUGGCAGCAACCUGUGAUGCCCACUGAAGGCUCUCCUGAUUCCCUCCCUCUUCCUCAUUACGAUGAAUGUUCGCCUCAGGAUCGUCACGAAGUUGAAAUCUGAUUCAUUAAGUAGAUGUUAAUACUUGAAAAAGGUAACCCAAGGUUUUCCUCCACUCAGUUCUAGCGUGGUUAAAGACAGUAGUUGAAGAAACCGAGGAUGUUCAGCCUCAUAGGGUCAUGAAAUAUGUUGUUGGGGUGUCAUUUGGGUCACAUGGGUUUGAGCCUGGCGAUAAGACUUGAAGCAUUUGCCUUGUUGCUACACUCAGGAUUAGAUAAGGACAUUAGAAGAGUUUUUCCUGUCCUUCACUAAUGAAGCACACCUUUUAUAGUUCUCUAAGUCAAAUAGGAAGUGGAUCAUUCAUGUUCAUUACAUGUUCUUUCUUUACUCCACGCUUCCCAACUGGCUUUGUUUCAUAUUUUAACAUAGUGUUAACAAAGAUUGUCUGAGAAAUGAGGUAGUUGUUACACCUAGUGGGGGCAUGGACCACGUUUAUUUUUUCUUUUUUAUAUCAUGUUUAGAUAACCCUAAAUACAUUAAAAAUGGACAAAAUAAACAGUUCUAGUGAAUCGGCAAACCUUUUGAUGUUUUUACUCUGGCACUGUUAAGAUCUGGAGCUGGUUGGUGCUGAUGUUGUAGA